AUGACGGUGGCCAGCGGCGACGGUUCCCCAGAGCGGCUGGGCGGGGCGCUCAGACGACUCCACUACAAGGCCACGAGGAGGGCCCACUCUGCCGCAGCGAGACACCACAAUGCCACUCCAGCCAAGGUGGUGGUCAUGGGGAGCAGCACCACUUCGGACAAGACCAUCAAUACAAGCACCGACUCCGCAGCAACUGCCCUCACCUCUGUCACAGGAACAGAUGACUCAAUGGACGCCGAGCCUGAACCCCCAGAGCCGCCUCCCCCCCAACCGCCCAGCCUCAUCGACUCUGAACCUUCCAACCCACCGAGCACAGCACCGCCACACUACCACAGAGCGCAGAACAGCUGCGACAUUGACUCGCCAGCGUACACCAAGCCCCAGUCGGCCUCUGACGUCAUAGAGUCCCCGAGACCAGGGCCUGCGAGGUUCAUCUUUGAUGUCCAGCUCCCUGAUCCCAAGAAGGAGAAGCCGAGGAAUAAAACACAGGUCCAGUCCAGCAUAGCAUCCACGUCGAUCCAGAUACCGUACGACUCCAAGAUGGAGACGCCAAAGAGUCCAAAAGCCAAUCAGAUGAAGUACGAAACGCAUUUCAAAUUUGAGCCCGAGCCAGUUAAGAGGAGAGGGAGUGAGCCAAGGAUGAAGAAUAAACAGAAAAUGGAGAAAGAGUAUUAUAAAGAUGAAAUGACGAAGCUAAGAAGGCAGCUGGAAGGAACAGAGGUGUUCACGACCAGCAGAAGAAGGUCCUCGGCUCACCAGCACUCUGUGCCGCCUCCGUCUUCCAGGAGACAGUCUACGGCAGCGCAAGUCCACGUCACGGCGAAUCCAUUGGACUCCGCUGCGACGACCAUACCGGCUGGCAGAACUACAAUCGUGGUCCAGCAGCCUUCUCUCUCCCUGGACUACGGAGGCUGCUCCACGAUCCUGGUGCGGGACGGCGAAGACGGCAGGAGAAGAAGCAGGGUCUGUUCAGACCACAUACAGCAACUGCUGGAUGUGACGAGCCAGUUCACGUCCGAAGACCUCCACGAUUUUGACAAAAGAUAUGGGAGUCCCCACCACUCCCGCUCCCAGUCCGUCAAGGCCGCGAGGUCCAGGACGGGGGAGCGGCAACUCCUGGGGCUUCCUCAGCAGAGGGCGAGGGUCGCGUCCAUGCCGAACACCGGAGUGGAGGAAGAGUAUUACAGACUAAGGCAUUUCAGCAUUACAGGUAAAGGCGUGGUCAACCGCGGUGACUCGCUUCGCUCAAGACGAUCACGAUCCAACACUUCUGUAGCGUCCAGCGCUUCCAGCACGGAAGCAGUCACCAGGGCUUCGGCACCUUGUUCAUUAGCUUCGUCAAGGUACUUGUGGGACUCCUCGACCGGCCUCAGCUCGUACCGGGUAUUCGUCCUGGGAGCCCCUGGCGUGGGGAAGUCAAGUUUGGUGGGGCAGUUCAUGACUUCGGAGUACCUGCACGCGUAUGAUACAAGCAUAGGGAAAGAUGACGAAUCCGGCGAAAGGUCUGUCUGCGUCCUGUUAGCCGGCGAGGAGUCGGAGAUCACGUUCCUGGACUCUCCGCCUGACCACGUCAUUUCGGAAGGCUGCGCGCACGGGUACUGCCUGGUCUACUCCACAGCUGACAGGAGCAGUUUCGCCGAAGCCGAGAGGAGGCUUCAGUCUCUCUGGGCGGCUGGGCAUACCGCCCGCCGUGCCGUCAUCCUGGUGGGGAACAAGGCUGAUUUGGCGAGAUCCAGGGUCGUGGGAACUGAUGAGGGAAAAACACUGGCGACGUCAUACGAGUGCAAAUUCAUCGAGACGUCGGUGGGUAUCAACCACAACGUCGACGAGUUGCUGGUGGGGCUCCUCACGCAGAUCAGACUGAAACAGCAACACGCGGAACGUGUGAAAAAACGGAGCAGUUCUCGCAAGAACCGCAGCAGAACCAGGUCUCCGAUAGCCGCGGAGCCCCCAGCGCCUGCGCCGGCGCCGGCGUCAGCGUCAGCCGCUAGCACGCCCAGGAAGAGGACUAGGCUGUCAGCUAGCGUCAAGGUCCGAGGUCUCCUGGGGCGCGUGUGGGCCCGAGAUUCGAAGUCCAAAUCGUGCGAAAACCUGCACGUCCUUUAG